GGAAUGGUGGCUUGAAAUUCGAUAUAAAUCAUUGAUUUCUCUGACUGAUGUGCUGCUAAUAAUACUCGUAGCUCAACAGCAUUUGUGAUAAUAAUAAGUAGCAGAGCAUAUAAAGUACCGGAUUGUCAAUUAUACUGACUACCUUUAUGACUAUGGUCAUAAUUCCGAGUAACUAACUGUUUUGGUCGAAAUCUUGCGUUCCGUCUCGCUAAUGUUUAUUGGCAGUUAAAGUCCCUAGGACAAACCUGAAUUUGCAUCACGUGUACGUCGGUCAGAUGGGCUUGAUUCUAAAAAAAGCUCGGUCGUAGUUUGAUACUCAAGACAUUGACCAAAACCAUUGGUCAGUCCCCCAUCUGACAAGUCAAGUUUGACUACAGGGCGAACUUUGACUACAGCAUACUUCUUCAAUGUAAUAACCGAACGAUACUAUACAUUUUUUUUUGUGUACUUGGUAUCUUGGAGAGAAUUUGAAACAGUCUUUGAGCAGUCCUCUUUAAACAUUAAUAGUACCUUUAAGCGUACCCGCCAUGGUGCCAUGGUGUGUUGCUCAAUCCUGCAGAAAUUCCACAUUCGGCGACAUUCAUAUAUAAAUAUAUAUCCUGAACAAAAACUAAUAGUUUAUUGGUUUCGGUCGGAUCUGAAGUACUGUUCAAGGAAGCUGGGCAGAUGUAUAUACUUGAGUGGUAAUAGUUGUUGGAUAUAGUGAAGAGAAGACAAGGUGUUCGCUAUGCUAGUAAAGCAACUAGUACUAAUUCUAGUAUACCUUGCAUCAACCAAAGCUAAAACCCAUUCAACGACUAUGAUAGAGAAAAAGAAAGAUCUUGAGUCAUCUGCUUCUUCGUACUCCUACCAUUCCAAUCAUGGAACGCCUUUCAACAUCGCGAAAAUUGAACACGAGAUGAGUCCAGUUGUUGCAGAUAUGGCGUAUCCAGACGAAACAAUGGUAAUGGUCGUACAGCAAGCACCUCAAGAGCUGCCUCCUAUUACAGCUGGCACUGCAAAGUAUCAAGAUGUCCAACUGCCUCUCAUCCAUGCUCCUGGCCUCAUUGAAGCUCCUGCCUUAGCAAAAAGAUAUGUGAUCGACAAAGAGAAAUUGAAGCCUAUGUAUCCUUAUGCUGAGGGUUACUAUAGCUUUUUACAUCAUGAGGCACCUAAAAAAUUUGCCAUUGCCAAAGGUGGUAAAUCGAGGGGCAAAGACACUUCAGAACAGAAAAGGGGUCGUUCACGUAAAAAUUUUGUCAAAGAAGAAGGCUCCAGCUAUGACGAAGGACAUAAAGCAGAACAUGGAGAGAAAGCAGAUACUGCAUACGGCAAAGAGAGAGCUUUUGCUAAGGGCUCAAAGGGAGAACACGGAGAUGAAGAACAAAAGUUAUAUCACGAAGAAAAUGGUGAACAUAAGAAGAACUAUCAAGAUGAGGCUGACAGAUACGGAGAACAUCAUGCAUAUGGAAACCAAAAAAGGGUGGGAAAUUUGAUGAAAAGAAAGGGCAUGACAAAGGGAAAAAAACAUCAGGAUAUCACACAGUAUUCAUGAAGGACGAUUACAUAAAGGACCAUUCAUUCUACGACAGAGCGGAUAAGCAUGGUAGCUUUGACAGGCAUGGAAACUUCAAAGCCAAACAUUACAAGGAUGCAGGACUAUCUAAAAAAGGUAAUAAGCAUGAUAGUGGGUUUAAAGACGCGGAAUACGGAGUAAAGGACCAAAAGGACAAAGGUCACUAUGAAGAUGAAGCUGAAGGUUACAAGAAGGAUGGUGGUAAAGAGAAGUACCACAACCAGGAGUCUAAGUAUGGGCACAAGGGAGGAAAGAAAUUUGGCAAAGAACAUGGCUAUGAGAAGGGACAUCAAGACCAUUGAUGGUUGUUAGAAUAUAGAUUAAUUUAUUGUUUGUAAAUGUUUAUUUUUGUGUAUUUUUUAAUAAAUCUAUAUUUUUUAUCUGC